CAAAAACAAUGAAGUGCAAAAAUUUUCCAUUUUUCUCAAUUUUCCACUAAAAAUUUCCAAUAUUUUCACAUUCAAUUGGCUAAAAAGCCAAUUUUAUUCAUUAUUUAAUCGCUAAACGAUUAAAAUUCAUGAAGAACGAUGGACUCGUCUCUUCCACAAAAACGGGCAAAUAUGCCACCAGCGAGCUCUUGGACCCUCGAAGGGGACGGCAAAUUGCUCGAAUACAUGGAAUCGAUUGCCAAAAACUUGGAGAAUCGAUCGAACAAAACGAUGAAGGACAUGAACAACAUGAUGUUAAGCGUCGAUGUUGCGUCUGUCGAUCUCGAAAAUGUGGGAAAUAAGCUGCAACGCCUGCAACAAACGAAAUUUAUCGAGAAUCGGGUACAAGAUGAGGAUGUUCAAGUGACGGAUGACACAGAAAUUGCUGAAAAACCACUGCUGGAUGAUGUGGAAGCAACAAAAAUCGUCAUGAACGACAGUUUAAAGAUGCUGGAAAAGUGUUACAAGAAGAUUUCGUUGGAGCAGGACGAUGACGACGACAGUGAUGGGGACGAUGAGAGCUUGAGACACGUUUAUAAGCCCAUUAAUCCGUAUGACAAGCGAAAUCCGUACAUAAUUGGUACGAAAGAAUGGUUGGAAAAGAUGCAUAUUGGCCUAGAAAAUGACGAUGACGAGUCCGAAGAGAUUGACGACGAUGAUAUUGAUGAUGAAUCGGUCAAAGAUGAGUCCACAGAGCUUGCGGUACCACAAAAACCGGAUUCCAGCAUUGCUUCUACCUCCCCCGAAGACGAAGAAGAGGAGGAUUUAUUGCCGCCCGUCAAUCACGUGCAUGUCCCGAACAUGAUAGCAACUCUGCCGGAAAUUCUGAAACAAAAUCAAGAGCAUUUAGUGUCACCUGUCGCGCCAGCAAAAGUCCAACUGCCCAAAAACGAGCAAAAUUUCUUCAGAAAUCAACCAACUGUCGUCGCGCCAUCAAUUCCGACUAUUCCGCAGCACUUUACGCAAAACUUUUUCGACGACGAGCCACCGGAGCUGGACAACAUUUCCGUGGGACGUGAGUCGACGACACGUGCCGCCCCCAAUUUGUUUACGGAAAGCGAUGAAGAAAAUGAGAAUUUCAUCAAAACAACAGCGGCGGCGACUCCGAAUCGACAAACAAUCGAUGCAAAGGUGAUAGAUGAGCCAGAUAAAUCCGCGACGACGACGACGCCAGCAAAUACAAACAAUCGUAAUCUAUCAGGUGAUAAGCAAGUGACAAACACGAGCCAGUCGUUGAAUACGAGCAAAGUGAGCAACUUGUUUGAAGACUCGGACGACGAUGAGGAUUAUUUCGAUAUCAUUCGAAAGUCGAACAACAACAGUGCAACGAAAAGUGCAGCCGUGAGAGUACCGGAAAAGACAAUGUCGGUGAAUUUGGUCAAAGAAGAUUCGCCAAAAAUUGAGAAAAAGCCGGAAUCUGUCAUGGAUCGCGUGGUUAAAAGUGUGCCUCCCAAAAAAGUUUCGAAUUUGUUUGAAGAUAGUGAUGAUGACGACGAUUUUUUGUCGUCUAUGAAGCCAAAGAGUGUCCUUACGAAGAAAGAAGAACCAAAAGUUGUGCCUGUUAAGCAAGUUAUUGAGCAAAAAGAAGCUCCAAAAGUUGAAAAAACCAUCGUAGCGCCGAAAAAACUUCAAAAAUCGUUGUUCGACAGUGAUGAUGAUGACGAUUUUAUGGCUCCGUUACCAAAAUCUGAGCCGAAAAAGCAAGAAAAAGUGGAGGAAGUGAAGCCAAAAGUUGUUCAAGAGCCUAAAAAAGACGAACAAGUGAAGGUUUCGACCGCUUUAGAGCCUAAAAAGCAAGAAAUUGUAGAAGAUGUGAAAGCUGCAGUAGGUGUAGAGACGAAAAAUGUUGUUCCUGAAACCACAAAUGAAGAAAAAAUUGGGGAUUUCAAGGUUUUAGGUGAAGUAGAGUCGAAAAAAGCUAUUGAAGUGAGAUCAAAAGUCAUCGAAGAACCCAAAAGAGAAGAAAAAACUGAAGAAAUCAAGUCGAGAGUUGUUCAAGAGCCUAAAAAAGUUGAUGAAAUCAAACCAAUAAUCGUCCAAGAGCCUAAAAAAGAAGAAAUAAAGUCACCAGAAACCCCAAAACAAGUGACUUUCUUCGAAGAUGAGCCACCAGAAGACGAUUUAUUCGAAAUUAAAAAGCCUAAAGUGACCGCUAUUGAGAAGCCGGAGCACAAAAUUUCAGAAAAACCUUUCGAAAUUACGUCAGUUGUCAUUGAUGAACCCCAAAAGCCUCAAGAAACCGAAGAAAAAUCUCAAAAAUUGAAAAAAGAUGUUGUCCCAGAGAGACCAUCAACUUUACUUCCACCCGUCGAUGACGAAAGUUUCACGAGUGUUCCUUCAAUACCUGAAGAUAAUUUAUUUUCACCCCAAAGUGACGCCUUUUUCACGCCAAAUACCACAACAGGGUCAAGCACAACUCCCGUUACGCCCGUUUAUCGGUCGUUUAUUGAUGAUCUCCCGCCCGAGGAUGACUAUACGGUUCCCGCUACGUUCGACGACUUCGAUUACAACCAAGAGGACAACGAAAAUUUCGAAGAAAGUAACGCUAAAACGGCCACAGAUCCGUUUUUGUUUAACGACGAGCCGCCAGAACUCACGGAAAAUGUAAAAAUCGACGAAGAUAAGGUCGACAAUUCGAAAGAAAUUAAAUCGGAAAGCUUCAAAAAUAAAUUUAAAAUGUUUGAACCAGCAAAAGUGGAUGCCGCAACAGAAGUUCCGAAGGAAAAGAAGGAAAUUUCAAAGCCAGCACCGAAAAAGUUGAAUGUAAAUUUGAAUAUUAACGUUUCUGCGUUGCUUCCAGGUGCUAAAAGACCUUCUCCAAAGAAGCCAGAAGAAGAAGAUGACGUCAAAAUUGAAGAAAAACCUCAAAAAACGCCAGAUCCAGUCCCGAAUAUUUCAAAACCAGCAGAAUCUGAGCCAGUUGUCGCUACUCCAGCAAGGUACAUCACAACUGAGGCACAGGAAUCGUCAAAUUUGUUAGUAAGUUUGAACAAAAAUCGUGUAAAAGCGCCAAAUACUCGAAAACCGUCGACGAGAAAGGCGCGCGUUCAAAGUUAUCAUGAAUCGACAGUGAAAGGCGAGUCAAUUAACGUUCUAGCGACCAAUACGGAAGUCAAGGGCAAGGAACCUCCGUUGUCUGUGGCGGAAAUGCUUCGAACGGAAAAGCUUAAGGAUCAACUUUCAAGACGUUCGUUGAAUUUCGAUGAAGUUGACGAGUUUAAAGUGCCUUUGAAGAAAGAUCUGAAACCGGAAGUGGCGGAAGUUGUACCAAAGCCUGAAAUUUUGACGACUUCUGACCAAAAAGUCAUCGAAAAAGAAGCUACAAAGCCAGUUGAGGCAACAAAAGUUGAAAAAUCGGUUAAAACAGCAGCAGCUGAGCAUAAAAAAGUUCAAAAAGAGACUCAACCAAAGUCAAAAGUACCAGAAAAAGUCGUUCAAGAUGAUCCUUUGAAGAUCGUAGAACCCAAAACAGUUGAAAAAGUAGAGAAAAUCGUCGAAAAGAAGCCUCCUGUUAAUGUCGUUGCCCCACAAACUGUUGAAAAGUCUGUCAAAAUCGAUCAAAAACUCCCAGAAAAAGUUGUUGAACCAGUAAAAGCUCCAAAACUAGAGAAAUCCAGUCCAAAUCGGAAGCCUUUGCUCUUUGACGACGACGAUGAUGACGAAGACGACCCAUUUUCCAUCGUAUCUCGUCCCAAAACUAAAGUUGCUGAGCCUCCAAAGCCCGUGGAACCAGCAGUUAAGCCCAAAGAGAAGUCCAAAUCUUCUGUUUUUGCCAGUGACAGCGAUGACGACGACCUCUUUUCCACAAUAAAACCAAAAUCUGCACCAAAAAAGGACGAAAAACCUCCAACUGAGCCCAAAAAGGAGCAAAAAACAACAAAAUUACCAAAAUUGUUCGACGAUUCUGAUGACGAGGACGAUCUCUUUUCUGGCAAGACAUCAAAAAAGAAGGAAAUUGUCACAAGCACCGCAACAAAAAGCUCAAACAUAUCAAAGCCCGAACCAAAACCCGUUCAAUCCAAAAGCAUUUUUGGCAGUGACGAUGACGGAGAUGAUCUUUUUAGUAAAGUGACUGUCCCCAAAAAGAAAUCUUCAGUCACAAAGCCCAGUGACAGUCUCUUUGGAGACGAUUCUGAUGAUGAUUCCUUGUUUGGAGCUGCUUCAAGUAAAGGCAAAUCUAAAUCAUCGAAUAAGGUCGAAUCGGGAACAAAAACUGGUGCGGUGAAGAAAACCACGUCGGUUGUUCAAAAUGAUCCGUUAGCGGACCUCUUGAAGUGAAUCUAAAUAUAUUUAUAUACUCAAUGCUUAUUUAAAAAAUGAAUUAAGUGUCAUGCUACACCUCUAAAAAGGCUUUAAAAGCACAUUCCAUUCGAAAUUUUAUUAUAUUUUGCCAUUUUCGGAGUAUUUGAAGCUGAAAUUGUUGUUAUAUUAUGUAAAAUGUAUAAUAAAAAAGUUG